AGUUUGGUUGGUCGUUGUGUCAUUUUGUUACUUUGAGGUUAAUUUUUAAUUACAGUAGGCCACUCUUACAGCCAAUUAAUUAGAAAAUACUUUAACAAUGAGAACUUAAGAGCUACUAAAAUUUACAUAACGUUAACAAAAAUGUAUACACUGCUUUAUGGCUUAUAUAAAUAUAUAGUCCAGAAGGAUGAGUAUUGUGUUCUUAUCCUGGGACUUGACAAUGCUGGAAAAACUACUUACUUGGAGGCUGCUAAAACAAAAUUUACCAAGAAUUACAAGGCGAUGAACCCGAGUAAAAUCACUACAACUGUCGGAUUGAACAUUGGAAAAAUCGAGGUUGCUGGAAUCCGUCUCAACUUUUGGGAUCUCGGGGGGCAAGAAGAGCUGCAAUCCCUCUGGGAUAAGUACUAUGCAGAAUCGCACGCUCUUAUAUACAUCGUUGACUCUUCUGACCGAGAACGAAUUCCAGAAUCAAAAGAGACGUUUGACAAGAUGAUAUCCAGCGAGAACCUGAUUGGAGUUCCACUGCUAGUUCUAGCCAACAAGCAGGAUAUUCCGGACUGUAUGGGGGUACGAGAAGUCAAACCAAUCUUUAACAAGAAUGCUCAUCUCAUUGGACGACGAGACUGCAUGGUUAUGCCAGUGUCUGCCCUCAAUGGUGAUGGUGUAGACGAGGGUAUAAGAUGGUUGGUGGACUGUAUCAAGCGUAACAGUGAAGUGCGGCCGCCCAAAGACCCCGACGACACGUAGUUACGAGUGGACUACUGAACGUCAUUCCAACACUGUGAUACUACGCAGUCAUGCUUCCACAGUCCAUGUACAGUAUUACCAACACGAUAGUUCUACAAUCCAUCAACGACUACUUACUGAAGUAGAUGUCUUAUCGGAAUCCUUUGGCCGUGCCUUUUCUGGUUUAUGGAAGAAAAGAUUUAAACUUUUUAAUGUAGAAAUAUAAAUAAUUUAAUUUGUUAUGUGGAAAGCAAAAGGGACCUAACCUAAUUUAUCACUUCUAUUUUAAUACUGAUGAAAGAUGUAUGAAUCUGAUAGAAUUUAAAGUAACCAUAAAAUAAAUUAAUUAUACCUUGGAAGUAUAUUUGUAGCCUAUUUGGUGUAAAUAUAAAAUGUAUUUAUACAGUAGGGUGUUUAUACAGCAUACAUUAUGUACAUAACCAGUGUCAAUGAUCUCGUCAACAUAACAUCAUUUUUAUUGAGCAUUAUGGUUGAAAAUCUGGCCUAAAAACUGUAAGGCAACAAAGUUUCCAUUAAAGUUUUAACUUUUAAAAGUUGUUAGCGUUAUUUGAAUAUUAUUAUUCAAUACUAAAUUUCCUGUGUAUCCUUGAUCUUUCACAUAAGUGUUUGUUUAAUUGCUAUCUUUAAUUGUUUUGUCUCUAUUAUAUUAUUUAAAAUGUCAAUAAGAAGUAUUUAAUAGAUAUAUGAAAGUAUAUUUUGUGUUCAUUGAAUUAUGCCCUUAUAUUUUAUUGAUCAUUCAAUUUUUUUAUUGUUGUGUUUCAACACAGACGAGUGAAUAAUUUUAUUACUUAUUCGUUAGUCAGUGGUUUGAACAAAUUCAGUUUCAUAAUAAGUUGUUACAAAAUUGGAUAGCUUGUCUUAUGUAUUUGUAAAAGAAAACGCAUUUGUUAAUUUAUAUCAUUCUAUAUUUUUUAUAAUAAAUCGUAUAAUAUAAUCUGCUAA